AACCAAUUAGCAAAGGCUCUGUAUGACAACACAGCAGAGUGUCCAGAUGAACUGGCCUUUAGAAAGGGCGACAUCCUCACAGUGAUAAAUCCAAACGUGGCUGGGACCAGCGGGUGGUGGAUGUGCUCUCUGUAUGGACGACAUGGCCUGGCACCUGCAAACAGACUAAAGCUCUUACCGCAGAUGGUGACACCAGCAGUGCAUGAAGUGCUCAGGUCGACUCAUGGUAAAACUGAUGACAGUGUGCAAAAUAUCUACCAGACACCCAGCAUCCCCAGAACCACCAGCAGUCCUGCUUAUGAACGCAUGGACAUGAUCUACAAGGUCCCCUCUGCUCACUUAUUGGCUUCAAAAGGUCCAGAAGCACCAGGAUUUACGCCCAGCACAGCAGGACCCGAAGCACACAAGCCUUCAUCCUUCAGUACAGCAUCCAGUCCAAAUGGGAAGGUGUACGAUGUGCCGAACCAACCAAAAAGAGCUUCCCUUUACACUAAGACAACGCCUCCUACACCGAUGCCACGAAAGCAAGUUCUGGAGAAGGGCCUUAACUCUCCGGAGACUUUAAUGUGUAGCAGUCCAGAAGACUCUUAU